AUGAUGAGACCCUUCCUCUGCGCAUGCUCACUGUGUAGGGAAGUCAUUUAUCCGUUUCCAGUUUGGAAUUUUCUCAUAUUCGGAACUUGAGGGGAGCUCGGCAAAAGGCGUGACCACUCUAAGCUCAAUCAGCUCCCGCCUUUAUUUUAGGUUGGUUUUCCUACUUCCGUAGCUCGAUUUUUCAUGACGAGAAUAUAGUUCUACACUUUUCACAAGCUGUCGAUAUACUGCUUCUUUUUAUGCGAUUUGGAACUUCUCUUGUCAAUCCCCUCUUGUACACUUUGUUUAAAGAGGAUUCCAUUGAGCACCAAAGCCGGAAGGGCAACGAUAUCUGA